AAUAAAGAGAGGUAGCAUGCAGGACGCAGCAUGCCUCUUGGGUGAAGACCAACGCCACAGAAACUGAUCUCAUCGUCAACUCGACGCGGUAUUUGACCUUGUGUAAUGAUGCCAAGGCGACCAAUUCCUUGCAGGCUUCGUAUCUGUCUGUCUGUUCCGUGCCUACAAGUGAGGCUGCAUCUCUCUUGAAAGUGAGACACCCUGCUACUUGUACCGGUAUAUCCAAACGAAAUUUUGCAACGGCGAAGAGUGGAAGGGUGGUGUCAGAGAGUCGAGAAGUGCAAUCUUUGGUCCUGAUACUUGUACUAUUACCCCGGUCUGGUCCUGGUAUUAAUAGCGUUUGAAAUUCCAGAACUUGUUGCUAUUGGAGGGAGAUAUCUGACAAGACAUACUACUAGCACGCCAUGGUAGAGCCGGAACCACGACGUUCGCUGUCGAGAUGUGCCUUUCUCGUCUUGGGAGGAACCAUGUUGGCAGUUGCAUUAUCGUCUGUUCGAUACUUUGGUGGUACUGGGCCAGAACUCCAUCAGAGGAGUGUCGAUCACCCUGGCUCUUCAUGGAACCAGACUCAAACAGAGCGGAAUCUUCUAUUUGGUUUUUCGGAUAGAAAACAGGAAGACCCUGGCUUCACAAGAACAAGAUCAUUCAGGUUGCCUCCUGCUGCACCCUCUGCAGCUCCUGACUCUCAAUCCCCUUCGUGGACUCCAACCAUGACAACAGGACCCAGCCUGUUUCCCAGCAAUAGCGAGACCGAUUCUGAAACUCCAGUGCCGUCACCAGGACCUUCUAAUUCUCCUUCCGCGACGUACGUUCCUUCGCCUGUUCCUUCUCAAAGUCCAACAAUAACACAGCAACCACGAACCACUGGUCCUUCGGACGACCCUAGUAUGAGCUAUCCUGGGGUUCCGUUGCUCGAAGCACCGACAGAAACACCAACCUCGAGACGAACACCUAGGCCUUCCCCUGUUCCCUCCACCUCUAGCAGUCCUUCUGUCGUCCCGACUUCUCUACCCACUCAAGUUUCCACAGACACGUCGACGAUCACGCCUACACUCAAGCCCACAGAGGAAGUAUCACACAUGGAGCCAUCUUUUGAACAAUCAACUUUGGUGCCAAGUAUACAGCAAUCAUCCACAGAGCCGACACUGGAGCAAUCAACCGAAGGGCCGACAAUGGAGCAAACAACCGAAGAGCCAUCGGUGGAGCAAUCAACCGUAGAGCCAACUUUGGAGCCCACUCUAGAGGAAAAUCUUUAUCCCACGGUCAUGCCGAACGAACAGUCAGAACCCGGGGAACCCGCUUAUUCAUCGCCUACAGUAUGCACCGGCAAUCAAACGGUAGUGUUGGAGCACUUCUACGUCUACUUUGAAGAGUUCAACACCUCCAUUGCAUCAGAUGGCUUGCUCGAACAAUCCUUCCGUGAGUCUUAUCAGAAUGGGAGUUAUGUGAUGGAGUGUGGACCAACCUUGCGCACGGUCAAGAGGGUUCCUGACCCCGAAGUACAAGAAGAGGCUACGACGAUCGUAGAAAAAAAGCAACCCAAGCAGUACUCUUAUGGGCAGCUCCUCGUGUUGACAGAAAGGAUCGAGUUUCGGACAACCUCUCUUCAGUAUGACGACGACAUGUCGGGUCUUUUCCCGACUCCGGUGAUGCAAGGAGUGUUUAUUGGGGGACUUAACCAGUUUUUUGGCAUGCGACAGUUACCCAUCUACGCAAUUGGUCUCAAAGAAGCGCCGGUGCCAUCGCCGACCGAAAUGCCCACGGUAUCUAUGGUCCCUAGUGAAGCAGCAGCCCAUUUUGAAGCACCGACGCUAUUCCCCACGGUAACUGUGCUCCCGGAUGAAACUGAAGAACCAACCCCACGGCCCACCGUAACAAUGUUCCCGGAUGAAACUGAAGCACCAACAUUCGAUGAAUCUUCCGCGUACAGCCCGUCCCCAGAACCGACCGUCCAUCCCACAUACAGACCGUCCCCGUCCCCGACCUUUUUGCCAACAGCGCGUGUGUCCGCUCCAAUUCAAUUUGUACCAAGAGACCGUCCUACGUCCACAACCUCACCUUUCCCUUCUGCAUCGGGGGUUCCAACAGUAUUCAGCAGUGUUGAGCCAACCGAUGCAUCAACACCAAUACCUUCGACUGACCCCACACCAGCAAUCUCACAUCUGCCGUCGGUCAAGCCAUCAGGUUCCCCUUCGGCCAAUCCAACUGGUGCACCGUCAGCAAAUCCAACAAAGGGGCCAUCGGCUUUCCCAAGCAGUGGUCCAAGUGUGCUCCCCACGGAAAAGCCCUCAAGUAUUCCAAGCAGGAUUAGCCACGUUCCUACAUUGACACAAAGCGUGAACCAUGCCGACCUACCGUCAAGCGCAUCGUUUCCACCGUAUGCAAAGACCGUUGCCCCAACAACAGCCAAUACUUCAAAUGUUCCAAGCUCAGAUUCAACUGGAAGCCCCUCCGCAAAUCUGAGCUUUCAACCUUCAACAAGUCCGGGUUCUGGUGCCACCGUAGAACCCAGCAUCUCGGCGAAUCCCAGCGUAUCCCCAACUGCUUCGCCUACUUCUAGGCCAAGCGAAUUGCCCAGCUUUCGGCCAUUGGCACCUCCUGAUUUCACGUUGCGCGAACCGGAACUUAAAUCGGUCCAAAUGAUUCUCAUUGGAGCUUCACUGUUGCCGUCGAGAAGUCAAUUGGUAUGGGCUGAGACAACAGAAACGGCAAUUCGGGAGGAAGUAAUAGAUGUUUUGAACAAUCAAGUUGAAUCGGUAGAUGUCAGAGUCGAGAUCGUGUCUCAGAACCCUCAACAAUCCACGUCAAGGUUCCUUCAAGAGCCGGCUUUGGAUACACCAGGCACAAUAUCUUCCAACCUGACAAUCAUUUUUGAUGUCGAGUUUUACAUUCGAGCAGUCAUUGAAGACCACAAUGUCAGACGCUAUGUGGGUGCUGCCUUGGAUGGCGCUGGCGACCAAAGUGUAUUCAUUCAACAGCUGAAAUCGAGCGGCGAAGCAGCGUUUCAAGACCUCACGACGGUUCGUCUGGUACUUCCACCGGACAAAACUGGGGUCUCAAGCAGCUUGACAGAGGACGACCGCGAAACACUCGGCACAGGCAUGGCGGUAGGAAUUGCGGCAGUCAGUAUUGCAAGCAUCGCGCUACUAAUCGUUGGUGUCUACAUGUGGGCCAAGCGACGUCCCGACUACAGCCAUUCGUCUUCGUCGGAUCAAAGAUUGAACAAUCUGAAUGACGACGACGUUAGUGAUUUGGCCUUUGACAUUGUUGACAAACCAGAUGUCGAUGUGAGUACGCUUGGAGAUCCUAUUCCACAGGGCAUUUCUGCCUCUCCCACAGACGUUUCAAUAGCCGAGGAAACCACUAGUUUGCCAUACGACUACAAAGUGGCUUCACAUGCACUUCCAUCGCUUGACGAAAGUGGCUCAUUUUCCUAUUCCGACGUUGGGUCCAAUGUCAUGUCGGUGCAGACGGAUGACGACACUUUGGAUGCGCAGUACAACAUCGAAGAUCGCAUUGAAGUCGAAGCACCGCCAGGAAUGCUUGGUCUCGUGUUGGAAGAAGACUCAGAAGGUGUCGCAUCUGUGUAUGACAUGAAGGAAUUGAGCCCACUGGCUCACAAGAUUCAAAUCGGAGAUAAGUUAGUAUCGGUUGAUGAUGUUGAUGUCUCGGGCAUGCCGGUUCAAUUGGUGAUGAAACUAAUCGCUUCAAAGCAGAAAAAGCGAGUGCGAAGGAUGGUCUUUUGUCGGCCUACAAAGAAGAAUGCACACUGAGCACCCUUUGCAGUACAGGAAUAACAAGUAAUUUUUCCAUUUCCAUGUAACCCAUGCAGGAGAGCCUGCCCUCGAGGUGAAACUCCCCUCACAAUUCUCUCCGAAAUCAUUUCACCUCCCGAGCAAAUGGACCUCUCUUUGGGAAAUGAUAUGAAAUCAGACAGAACAACAUGGGCACCUCUGGCACAGUAACCCCCCAACGCUUCUAAGAUAUAUUAACUUACUUACUAGAGAUAGAAGAUAAAUAUCGUGGUGGAU